GCUUCUUCUGGAUUAUUGUUUUGUUAUUAUUAUUUUUUUUUUGUUGCUAUUUUUUCAAACCAAAGAAGACAGGAAUUCGCUAGCCUCCAGACAUUGCAACCUGCAGAAGGACGGCUGGGGGUGCUCUGGGUGUAGCUGGUGACCAUGCACUCACUUGACGAGCCCCUGGAUCUGAAGCUCAGUAUAUCUAAGCUGCGGGCAGCACGAGAGAAGCGAGAUCGGAGCGGAGGGAGCCCCAAGAAACGCACUGUGCACCAUGAGCUGAUGAUACGGGAUGAUGGAACAACUGUUGUUACUCCCAUCUGCUCCUCACCUCCACCAGGGUACCUGCCUCGUUUUCGGGAAGGUGACAGCUCCCCUUUUUCUUCUCCACCAGUGGUAGACCUCAGCCUCUCCCCACCUUCUGGGAUGGACUCCCCCAGCCGUGCAUCCUUGUCCCCGGAGAGGAUGACAGUAGGGGAUACCCUACUGGACAUGGCAUCAUUGCGCGGCAGGGGUGACAUGACUCCCAGUCCCUUCCAAUUCUUCCUGCCUCUCAGUUCCGGGCUCCAGCUACCCCCAUCGGUGUUCCUCACUCCCCCCAAGGAGAAGCGGCUAUCCCUUGAAUACACAGAACAGAAACAACUGGUGUGUCAGUGGGCAAAGUGCAACCGCCUGUUUGAGCUUCUGCAAGAAUUAGUGGAUCAUGUUAAUGAUUUCCACGUGAAGCCAGAAAAGGAUGCCGGAUACUGCUGCCACUGGGAGGGCUGUGCCCGUCGCGGGAGAGGAUUCAAUGCCAGAUACAAGAUGCUGAUCCAUAUAAGAACACACACGAACGAGAGACCUCACUGCUGCCCUACCUGCCAUAAGAGUUUCUCCCGGCUGGAGAACCUAAAGAUACACAACCGCUCACACACAGGAGAAAAACCCUACAUGUGUCCCUAUGAGGGCUGCAACAAGCGCUACUCCAACUCCAGCGACCGCUUCAAGCAUACGCGCACACACUACGUGGACAAGCCCUACUACUGCAAGAUGCCUGGAUGCCAGAAACGCUACACAGACCCCAGCUCCCUGAGGAAGCACAUCAAGGCUCACGGGCACUUCAUCUCACACCAACAGCGCCAGUUACUGAAAAUCCACCAGACACCCAAAAUGCCAACGAUGGGAGACAGCGGCUAUGCAAGUGGUACCCAACUCAUCAUUCCCAACCCAGCGGCCAUCUUCGGAAGCCAGACACUGCCAAUCCCACUGACGCCAGGACCUUUGGACCUCAGCUCCCUGGCUUGUAACGGGGUCGCCUCAGCUCUGGCAGGGUUACCAAAUCCCAUGUUGACACUGGCAGGGGCUCCUCUGAACCUGGCCAAAGGUUCACUGCUGUCUCAAGCUUACGCAGCCGCUGGUCUCGGCCUACCUUUGGUCUCCUUGGUAGCAUCAGGGAAAUCCGAAAACGAGAAGAGGUCUAAAGGCCAAAAUUCAGAGGGCGUUGAGAGGACUGAAGGGUCAAAGCUGAGGCUGAAUUCAGUAGAUGGCCUCUCCCUCCUGCCUGGUGGAGUUUUAGAUCUUUCUCCUGGUAUGGGCUCAGAUUCUCUACUGCCAGGGUGGGUGGUCAUCCCUCCCGGUUCCGUGUUACUGAAACCGGCGGUGGUCAACUAAGCCCGCUGCAACUUGACACCUGUGCCCACUCAGCCUAGUCACAUGACUUGCCUAAGGUUUCCGAACCUGGUUACAUUCCCAGCCAUGUGAUUCCCGUGGACCUCUUGCACAGGUAACACUUCACAGGAUGUGCUCCUUCAGCCUUGUGAACAGAAGGUGGCUCUGUGCUGAGGGUGUGACUGGAUUUAUAUUUUGCGUUACCUGCAGAAUUGCUUUUCCCUUUUAUAAGUGGGACCAAAAGUGGCAGGUGGAAUGCCAAAUGCAAAAUGUGAUUAUACCGAAAAGACACUUUCCAAGGACUCUUCUGUAGAGGAAUGUGAUGAAGAAUAGAACUUUAGGGGACUGAGGAGGAGAAAGAAGCACUUUGUGAGGUUCAGAGGGUCUCUGAGGCCAGGUGAAGUUACCUUGUCAUCUGCAGUCUUUUGUUUCUCAGAAAUUACGAGAGAAGGUGCUACACCUUCCGAGAAAAGCAAUAAUGUGGGAGACGCUCCGACCGAGCUGACUCUGAAAUGACAAGAGGGAGCGGAGCGUGGAUGGUCUGGGGGACUCUCAAUCUCUUAUCCACUCUCCAAUUCUCUGCCGCGCUCAUCACGCCUGACAUAGAGCAGCCUGUUUAUCUUGUAACAUUAUAGAACUCAUGUAGGUCAUUCCAGGACUGAGCUUUCCUCAGGUCUUUACUGUCCUGUGCUAUCGCGUUUCGGGUCAGCUGCGUGGGCCAUCACUUAGCAAUGUACACAUGGGUGUAUUAACCAGAACUCACAGUCACCUGAGCUCAUAUGUGGUAUGCAGGGUCCAAACAUGUACUCCAGAGAGAUAAGAGAUGACUCCAUGAUGAGUAAUGAA